AUGGCUGGUAUAGUACGUCAAAAGAUUGACGAAGCUGCGCUGCAAGGUUUCUUGCGAGAAAACGUGCCAGAGAUUGCUACUCCAAUUGAACUGAAGCAAUCAAACCCGACAUACCUAAUCACCGCAGCCGACGGCCAGCGAUAUGUCCUGCGCAAGCGCCCGCCCGGGACGCAAAUAUCCCAGCACGCGCACCGCAUCGACCGCGAAUACCAGGUUCUCGCCGCGCUCGCCGGCACCGACGUGCCCGUCCCCAAGCCCUACGUCCUGUGCGCGGACGCGUCCAUCAUCGGCACGCCCUUUUACAUCAUGGAGUUUCUCGACGGCCGCAUCUUUGCCGACGUCGGCGUCCCCGGCGUCACCCCCGAGGAGCGGACGGCCAUCUGGGAGGAGGCGGCCAGGACGCUGGCCAGGCUGCACGCCAUUGACCCCCGUCAAGUCGGACUCGAGCGCUUCGGCAAGCCUGGCGGGUUCUACCAGCGCCAGAUUCGCUCGUUUGACGCCAUCUGCGCGAGCCAGUCCAAAGUGGUCAACCCAGAGACCCAGCAGCCGCUCGGAUCGCUGCCGCACUACGCAGAGUGCGUGCAGUUCUUCCAGAAUGGGAGCGUCCAGCCGCGCGAUCGGUCCUGCAUCGUGCACGGCGACUACCGAAUCGACAACCUUGUAUUCCACAAGACGGAACCGCGUGUGAUUGGCGUUUUAGAACACGGGCGCACACCGACUAACACGCGACGCCGUCUUAGCUGGGAGACGUCGACCAUUGGCCACCCGCUGUCCGACAUUUGCAGCCUCUUUACCUUUUUCUACAUGGCCCGACACGCGGGCGCGUCACCGUACGACCUCUCAAGCCUGCUGCCCGGCCGCACCCCGGGCAUGCCGCAGCCGGAGCAGAUUGUCGCCUGGUACGCGCGCUACGGCCGCUACGACCCGACGCCCGACGUCGACUUUGGCAUCGCGUUUGGCGCCUGGAAGACGGCGAUCCUGGCGCAGGGCAUAGAGGCCCGCAUGGUCACGGGCCAGGCGGGCAGCGAGCAGGUCGCUGCGUACGCGGCGAUCAAGAACCCAAUGGCCGACUUGGCCUGGCAGCUUACACGGUACUGCGACAGCCCGCGGCAGCAGUCUGCAAGACUGUAG